AUAUACCAUCCAUUUAUAUUGGUUCUUGACUCCAGUCCCCCCCUCCCCCAAGCUCAGCUGUGUCCUGCUGCCAGUGGGUCAUUCUUGCCUUCUGUUCUCAGAAGUCAUAUAGCCUGGCAUCCACUUCUUGCCUCCCUCACCCUUUGGCUUCAGCUUUCCGUCUUCUAGCCUCACCCUUCUGCUCAAACAGGUUUGAGGUGGCCCCACCCCACUCCUCUCUGGUAGCUUUAACUCUCAGGGUGGGUGGAUAGGUAGAACCAUGCCCCACCUCUGGGCUCAGAUCUCUGAGUCAGAAAGAGAUGUCUCCACCCAAGCCAAACCAAAACCAAGAGGCAGGGAGCUGAGACUCAGGCACCCACUAGCAGUUUCUCCUGGAACCUUCCUCCUCUUUUAUCUACCAAGUCUCCCCAAACCAGUGAUUAAUUUGGACAGUGCUAUUUUCAUAUCAGUUUAUUUCCCAUGCUGGAGACAAGGUGAUGGGAGAAGAAGAAAAGGCAUUGGAGACCUUGGUGAGCAUAGAGAAUGACCCUUCUCCAGCCUUACCUCCUGUUGGCUGCUGCAGAUGCUCGCUCCGAUGUCUUGCAGCCACCAGCAUCAUCUGCGGUUGCUCCUGCCUUGGAGUCAUGGCUCUUGUGUUUGCUGUCAAGGCUGAGGAACGACAUAAGGCUGGAAAGCCAGAGGAAGCAGUGUUCUGGGGGAAUCGUGCCAGGCGGCUUGCCCUGGCUAGUAUUGCAGUGUGGCUUGGAGUGCUUGUACUGGGACCCCUACUACUCUGGCUUCUAUCAUACGCCAUUGCCCAAGCAGAGUGACCCUUCUGUGACAAACCUGGACCGCAUGACAUUCCCCUGUGGCAUCAUAGGUGGACCUGGCCUGCAGCAAGGUCCUUCAACCUGACCAGAAGAACAGCAAAGUCCCCCAGGUCCUGGAGGGUUUUUAAACCCCCUUUCAAAAAGUGGUUUCCAGAGGCUGCUUCCCCAGCAUGCAGACAACAGAGAGCUGAUCAGAUGGGGCUGAUGAUUAAAAAAAAAAAAAAGUUUGGACUUGCAUGGACUCACUCCUAAUCCAUGGGACCUUAACCUCAUACAUGGGAUUGGAGAAUAGUGGCCCUGAUUCCAUUAAAAUUCAUUUUGUAAUUUUUUUUAAAGGCCUUCUUAGAUGGAGAUAAAUGCCUCUGUAUGAGUGGUCUUCAUCAUC